GUGGUAAUUUGCGCGCAUGUUUCAGAGCUGAGUGAAGAAGUUGAAGGAGGGAUCGGUCGCGUAUACGGCGCUUGCGCAAUGAGCGGCUUCUCCCUGACUGGCUGCUGGCAGCUGCCGCCAUUUUGCUUUGAGCCGGACGGAGUUCGUCAAGAUUUGCUGUUCGCUCCAGUGCUGAGGCCGAGUCCCAGCCCGCCGCCUCCUCCUUGUCCUCUCACGCACUUUCCACGGGAGAACCCCGGGAGUCCCACAGGCUGUGAUAUGGAGGACGACGGACAGCCCCGGACUCUAUAUGUAGGCAACCUCUCUAGAGAUGUAACAGAAGUUUUGAUUCUUCAGCUGUUCAGCCAGAUUGGACCCUGUAAAAGCUGUAAAAUGAUUACUGAACAAACUGAUGGCAGAAGGGUAGGAGCAUCUGUUAGCUUCCCUGUGAUGCCCAACGCUAACAAUGAUCCAUAUUGCUUCGUGGAAUUUUAUGAACACAGAGAUGCAGCUGCUGCAUUAGCAGCCAUGAAUGGACGGAAAAUACUUGGAAAAGAAGUAAAGGUAAAUUGGGCUACAACACCAAGUAGCCAGAAAAAAGAUACUUCCAACCAUUUCCAUGUUUUUGUUGGAGAUCUAAGUCCAGAAAUUACCACAGAGGACAUUAAAUCUGCGUUUGCUCCAUUUGGUAAAAUAUCUGACGCUCGAGUUGUGAAGGACAUGGCGACUGGCAAAUCCAAAGGCUAUGGAUUCGUGUCCUUCUACAACAAACUGGAUGCAGAGAAUGCCAUUGUACAUAUGGGAGGACAGUGGUUAGGAGGAAGACAAAUCCGAACUAACUGGGCAACACGCAAACCUCCUGCACCCAAAAGCACACAAGAAAAUAACACAAAACAAUUACGGUUUGAAGAUGUUGUGAAUCAGUCGAGUUCUAAAAACUGCACGGUUUACUGUGGUGGAAUUGGGGCAGGUUUAUCCGAGCAACUCAUGCGUCAAACAUUUGGUGUAUUUGGACAGAUUUUGGAAAUCCGUGUGUUUCCAGAGAAGGGUUACUCUUUUAUUAGGUUCUCGACUCACGAUAGUGCUGCACAUGCAAUAGUGUCUGUGAACGGAACAACCAUAGAAGGGCACGUUGUAAAAUGUUACUGGGGCAAAGAGACACCGGACAUGACUAAGAACUUUCAGCAGGUGGAUUACAGUCAGUGGGGGCAGUGGAGUCAAAUGUAUGGGAGUCCCCAGCAAUAUGGACAAUAUGUGGCAAAUGGCUGGCAGGUGCCCUCCUAUGGCAUGUAUGGGCAAGCGUGGAAUCAGCAAAACUUUGGAGUGGAUCAACCUCAAUCAACAGCUUGGGUUGGUGGAUUCAGUGCCCAGCCGCCGCCUCAGGGUCAGGCCCCACCAGUAAUACCCAAUCCACCAGGCUAUGGCAUGGCCAGUUACCAAACACAGUGAAACAGGACUAUGUUACAGUGCUCAUCGGCUGAAUCAACAGAAAAUGACGUUAAAAAAAAAAAAUGAAAACAAACAAGACACACUUUGGCCUAAUAUUGGUGUGGAUUGGAUUGCACAGGUCAAAGAAGAAAUCCAUCAAAGAAAAAAAUAGUUUAUAAUAUUUAUUUGAAGCUGAAACUGUUCUAAGACCAUUCAGUUUUGGUGAGACACACAUCUGCCUUUUUAAAGGAAGCAUUUCCUCCCGUGUUUUUGUUCCGGACUGUUAAGGAUACAUUUUGUUUUUCCUCAUGUUAGCCUUCAACUUAAAGACCCGGCACAGUCGGGCAAACGCGGUAAUUAUGGGAGGCUCAAGGGACGAGGCUCAUCACAAUUUUUGAAGGUGUUCCUGAAUAAUGUGGAUCUCAUCUCCGUUUAGCUCUGUUUUCUUACAUACGUUCUGAGAAGAGAUGAAUCGGACUUCAUAGUUUUCAACAAAAACAAACAAAACAAAAAAACCCCAUAUGCUGAAAUUAAAUUUGGUUUGUACAUUUGUUUCUUAUACUCGUUCUUGCAGCAGUCCCUUAACGCUAUAGGGCAGUGUUUUGGGUAUGGGAAGCCCAUUAAUGAAUAGGUUGUCAAUGUUCGUGCUUCACGCUUUCUCCUAUCUCCCGGAGAUAGACCUUGCCGGGCCACUAAUCCUGAAGCUCAAGAGCUUACUAUCAUAAAGGGACAGUUUUAAAUAACCCUAAGCCAGGUAUGUAGAGUGCUUGCUGCCGAUUCAACUCUCUACAUGUCAGGCCUCUCCUAUUCAUAUUCCAGUCUCUUAUUCAAAUCAAUGCAUGGUUGCUAGGGAAAAAUUGAACCCUAGCGACCUGAUUGCUGAAAUUGCAAACUGGAAAGCUGCUGAAUAAAAAGCUAAAUGACUCAAAAAUCCAUAAAUAAUAAAAAAUGAAAACCAAUUGCAAAUUGUCUCAGAAUAUUACUCUCUGCCUCAUACAAAGUUAAUUUAAAGGUGAGCAUCCCCUUUAACAUCAAAUGGAGUUCUCAUAUAUACUGCAAAUAUCUGAUCUUUUCUUUGCUCCGUAUGACUUAGUAGAUGUCAUUAGAAUUCAAACGGAGAAUGCACAAAGUCUGAACAUGGGACAUUGCUGAUUAAAAAUACACUGCUGUGUCUGUCGGGCGCCCGCAGAUACGUGUCCCAAUACAGGGGUUCUGCUUACAUGUGGAGCAGGUGCACUUCCCCAUAUAAAAGCAGAAGAGAUUUAUUUGGGUGGACUUCUCCAUCUGAUCCCUUAUAAUAUUCAGGUGCAUAUAUUUGUCCGGAUGCUUCCAAAUCUUGUAAAGCGUAAAAGAGUUUGUCUGAACUGCUUUUAUGCUCGCAAGAGCGCUUUUUUUUUUUUUUUUUUAUUAUAAAAAAUUUUGUGUUUUUAAACUGAAGUGCUACUGGGUCAUGCCGGUGCCAUGCCUUCAAUGGCACGAAACCAAGUAGGGCCGAGACUUUGAUUGCAAUGGUGCAAAUGGGGUGAACGUGUGUGGGAGUGGCUACGAGGACAUAGCCCCGCCCAACCCGCUCAGACCUGCAGUUCAUUCUGGAACGAGCAACUCCUUUUUCCAAAACGGACGCCCGUGUUAAAACGUCCCAUGAAGCCUAUUUUGUAUAUAGAUAUUGUUAAACAAGUGUGUGUUUCACCAGCAUGCUCCGAAAUAGAAGUAGCCGUGUUUUGCGGUCUUCAUUUAAUGACUUCACCAACGAGAUGGUUGAGAUCGAUGUACAUGACCGAUGUGUUCCAAAGUUUAACCUCUUCAUUUUAAAGGGGUCCGUUUUACAAAAAAAAAAACUCAAGAAGAAGCCUUAAUUUCAGCGAUCUGAGCAUUUUCAAUGCGUCGUGCUUAUUUUCAUGUUUCCCUAUCCAUUCACCAAAUGUUUUGGUAUGUAAAUACCUUAUUUUGAGCUUAUUUUUGUUUUCCAGGUUGUAUAGUAUAUUGAUUUGGCUCAAAAAGAGAAAUCAUGUGUGUUUUCUUUCGCCUCUUCCCUCGAAUAUUUUUUUGUUUACCCAACUGUCAAUAAAACUUUUAAAGUAAA